GUUUUAAGUCGCUUCAGCGUGCCAUCAUCACCAAUUCAUUUCCAACAAUAAACCAUAACAAACCCAAUUAUCUGAUACAAAAAUAAUCAGUUGUUAUCUAAAUCAUGUGAGAAAGCACAUUGUGUGGUGUCUGGACUGGACGACAAUCGAUUUCUUCGACUUUUUGUGGUCAAAAUGGGUAAAAGUGAAGUGAUUUGGGUUUUGUGCUGGGCGCUGGUACUCGCUGGGACAGUACCAACUCCAACCGUCCCGCUUGAAUUCCCCCAACUUGACCAAAACUACACUUUUAUUGACAAUUCAAGCAUUCGGGAAAAUUUGACUAAACAUGACACCGAAAUUAGCGAUUUAUUGUUGGCACCAGAUGAGCCACUAACAACAAACAGCCUCCCUGAAUUAGCCCCAGUGACAGGGGGCACAAACGCCUACGAAUGGAUCGAAAAUGGGGACGAUACUGAAGAUGACAAGUUCGAAACUAGGGAAGUUGGGGUUCCCCUAAUGGACGGAACGGUCGCUGCCAUUUUGGUUGGCGUGUUUUUGGUUCUGAGUGUUGUAGGUUAUGUCAGUUUGUUACUCUGGAGGCGCUCGUUAGAGUUUAAGUACGGAAGUCGGGAAAUUUUGGUAGAUAAGGACGAAGGGCUUGAUCCAGACGACUUGAAAAACUUUUCUAUUUGAGGUCGAGUCAAUCUUGGAUUAAAUAGCACAAUGAAUAGUUAUAUUUAAAAAUUUACCUUAGAUAACUGUGAUAUGUAUUUUGUAUCUCGAGUGAUUGUUUAAUCACACUUGCCUUGGACGGUGAAUUAUAUAAUUACGUGUAAAAA